CUAAGAAGGUGGGACAUAUCAGCUAUUAAAGUGUAUGCUCUCGUGUUGGUCAUAUUGUUACUUCUCAGUUUCACUGCGUAUAAAAGCUAUUUAGAAUCUGAUACUGAAAAGGUGAUCCGAGCAAGAGUAUUACAGCAGGGCAGAUGGUCCAAUAAUGAUUCAGACAGCCGAAGAGAACUUGUCAUUAUUGCAACAGAAAGCAGGUCCGGUUCAACUUGGCUUGGGACAAUAUUUCAAAUGAUACCAGAUCUAUUGUACGUGUUUGAACCUCUGGACCCUGAUUACACCAGUUUAAUGGGUUACCCUAGUACGGAACUAGAUCCUCACGACAAAAGACAGCUGUCAGAAGAAUCAAAGUUGAAAGUACUGUUAAGUUUGUGCACGUGCCAGUUUCAGACGAUACAAGCCUUCGGAAAGGCAGUGGCAACGAGAAUAACGUCAAGUCACACUCUUUACAAUCUACAUGAAGAAGUUAAGAAGGGCCAGGAUCAGAUGGAGGCGUUUUGUUCCCAGUUUUCUGUGGUGAUGCCGAAAUGUAUAAGGUUACCGGACAUAUCAAUCCUCAAACGACUCCCUGAGCUGGGCUGUACCAAAUUCAAGGUUGUUCAGUUGAUACGGGAUCCGAGAGCUGUUAUUAGAUCAAGGAUGGAUACUAGAUUUAUCCUUUUCAGGUCAUGCCAUUAA